GUCUGCUCCCUAGCCUCCCUUCCUCCUCCGCUUCGCCUCCUCCCUCCCUCGCUCACCAACCAAACCACCUCGGGCCCAAAAACCAACCACCCUCCAAUGGCCGCGCCCGUGUCGCAGCCGCCGGUGGCCGCCAGAGCGUCCUCGCGGUUCGCACCCCGCGGGCUCGGAUCCUUCCCGGAACCCGCCCCCGUCUCCCUCCGCUUCUCCGUCGGCCGCCGCCACCGAGCCGCUCGCCUAGAGGUGAAGGCGACUGGAAAUGUCUUCGGGAACUACUUCCAGGUUGCAACUUAUGGAGAGUCCCACGGAGGUGGUGUUGGCUGUGUCAUCAGUGGUUGCCCACCAAGAAUUCCACUCACUGAGGCAGAUAUGCAAAUAGAACUCGAUCGAAGACGUCCAGGCCAGAGUAGAAUAACUACCCCGAGAAAGGAGACUGAUACAUGCAAAAUUCUUUCAGGGACACAUGAAGGGAUGACCACUGGUACGCCAAUUCAUGUCUUUGUCCCAAAUACAGAUCAAAGAGGCGGCGAUUACAGUGAAAUGGCUAAGGCGUACAGGCCUUCGCACGCAGAUGCAACUUAUGAUUUCAAAUACGGUGUUAGAGCUGUGCAGGGAGGCGGAAGGUCAUCGGCCAGAGAAACCAUUGGAAGGGUGGCUGCAGGAGCUCUUGCAAAGAAGAUUCUUAAGCUCAAAUCUGGAGUAGAGAUCUUGGCGUUUGUUUCCAAAGUACAUCAAGUCGUACUUCCAGAAGAUGCAGUUGAUUAUGAAACCGUAACCUUGGAACAGAUAGAGAGCAACAUUGUUAGAUGUCCUGAUCCAGAAUAUGCAGAGAAGAUGAUCGCUGCAAUUGAUAAAGUACGAGUUAGAGGGGAUUCGAUUGGUGGGGUGGUCACAUGCAUUGCAAGAAAUGUUCCUCGUGGGAUCGGCUCUCCUGUAUUUGACAAACUUGAAGCUGAACUGGCAAAAGCUAUGCUUUCUCUUCCUGCAAGCAAAGGGUUUGAGAUUGGUAGUGGGUUCGCUGGUACUGACUUUACUGGAAGUGAGCAUAAUGAUGAGUUCUAUAUGGAUGAGGCUGGAAAUGUGAGAACACGAACUAAUCGUUCAGGCGGUGUACAGGGAGGGAUAUCAAAUGGUGAAAUUAUAUACUUCAAAGUAGCGUUUAAGCCAACAGCAACUAUUGGGAAGAAACAAAAUACUGUGUCAAGGGAGCAUCAAGAUAUUGAACUUUUAGCAAGGGGCCGUCAUGACCCAUGUGUUGUCCCUCGAGCUGUUCCUAUGGUGGAAUCCAUGGCCGCGUUGGUCAUCAUGGACCAGCUUAUGGCGCAUAUUGCCCAGUGCGAGAUGUUUCCACUGAAUCUUGCCCUACAAGAACCAGUCUCUGCCAGCAGUGCAUCUGAAUUGGCACCAAACCUAUCAUAAUGUCUGUCUUGGAACAAAAUUCCAUGGAUUUUUACCCUCAAGUUUUCUUUCUUGUCAGACAUAAUUCUUGGCUUUGCUAAGCAAUUUGCAGUUUUGCACCAACCCUGCAUGCUAGCAUACACCCUCGAGUAUUGUACCCUAGAUAUCCAACAGCGAAUAUCAAGAUAGAAGUGCAUUCAUGUUUUGUGAUGUGUAGUAUAACAAGUUGCGCAGGACAUGUACCCUUUUUGUGAGAUGAUUCGUGAUAUGCAGUUGUUUGAGCAAUAAAGAAUCUUUUUUCA